UCAAACCCCUGCUCUUCCUGGCUGGCUCUGGACUCCCUCCUCACUCCCCAGCCAUUUCCAGAAUGGCAUUCCUCAUUUCCCUUCUGAUUGGGAUCCAAAUCUUGUGCUCCCUGGCUGUUUCUCCACCUCAUCCAGAACUUCCGCCGCCACCUCCUGACCGGUUGAUUUCCCCACCAUGUAACAGUUCGUCGAUAAAAGCCGUUGCAGAUCUGGCCCUUGAAAAGCUCAAUGCAGACCGCAGAGAAGGCUAUGUGCUUGGACUCCAGCGAAUCUUCGAUGUCCGUCAACUUCAGUGGCAAGGCACCGGCUUUGUCUAUUAUCUCAUUCUGGAUGUACUGGAAACUAAAUGCCAUGUCCUGAGCCGGAAAUCCUGGAAAGACUGCGAGUUUAGACUUGAACAUGAGACAGUCUACGGACAGUGCAAAGCAACCUUUUACAUCAACAAGCCGUGGAGAAUUCUUCACUUAUACAACUAUGACUGCGCUUUACGCCCACUCCCAGCGACUGAAAUUGUAAGAAUUUGUCCCGACUGCCCAACCCCUGAGGAUCCAACUCAGCCCAAGAUUUGGGAGGCAGCUACUUUGACUCUUGCCAAAUUCAACAAAGAAAGCAACCAAACUCAUUACUUUAACAUCCGCAAUGUCAGCAGAGCAAGCUCACAGUGGGUGGUCGGUCCUUCAGAGUUUGUAGAGUAUGUUAUCCAGGAGACAACCUGUUCCAAAAGCCAGGCUGCGGCUGACCUCUCCAAGUGCCUGUUCCUCCCAGAUGAAACUGCCGAGGUGGGUUUAUGCCAAGGCUCCGUCAUAGACAGCCAGAUUGAACAUCGAAAGUUUAUCACAGUAAGCUGUGAAAUCUUCCACUCUCAGCCACCGGUCACUGAGGGACAACCGAUGGGCAACAGGCAACGCAGACACCACGAUGAUGAUGAAAGCCCUGAGGAAGAGGGUCAUUCCAAGCAUAGAAGGAAAGGACACCGCAAUCCCCACCGUCCGCAUCAUCACCCCCACAACCACCACCAUCACAAGCAUCACAAACAUCACAAGAAUCACUCCCGUGAUCACACAGAAGAAGAGCAGAACCCUCCCCCUUCUGACACUUUUGAGAUUUCGACGGAUCUGGGAAAGACAGUGGGCCGGGUGACAGUCCUUCCACCGUCUAAAACUCAUGUGUCUCUCCACUCCUUACCAGAAAUUGGAGCUGAGCGAUUAGACGGUAUCCCCGUUCCUCCAGAAUCACAGCAGCCCAAACCCAACCCCAGCCUGCCGAAUAUACACAGUGCACCUGAGGGAAGCCGUCCACCGAGCAAACCAGGCUUGACCAAGCCAGCUACGCCAGUUGCCCCGCCUCCAUUCCCGGCUGGGUUUUCGGAAUCAGACACUUGUCCGGGAGAAAUCCUAGUCUUCACUUAUGGCCUUGAGCCUUUACUGCCCAAAAGGCCGGUUAAAGUGUCACCAGCAGGGCCCCCUGAAUUCCAAGCUAAAGAAAAGUGAAACAUUGGAAGGCCGUACAAAAAUGGACCACCAUCUUAGAGGAUAGCAUGGUUAGGGGGAGGUAAGAGAGAGUGGGCCUUGGGAUUUUUCAUUACAAAAUGUCAAGGUCUCUCAUUUGAUAUUAAAUCAAGUCAGAGCACCAGAAGAAAUUCCCUGGUACAAGUCAACAAAUGAUCGGUGCAGUCAGGUAGCAUUUUUCCAACUCAGUUCUUGCGUCUGUGUUUCCUGGGUUGUUGUGUCUUGUUGGGGACACAGUAGACUUAGGCUGAUUCCGCACACGUUGGAUAAUGCACUUUCAAUGCACUUUAUCAAUUGUCUGAGGUGGAUUUUUUUUGUUCCGCGCACAAAAAAAUCCGUUCCAAAUGAUCUAUAAAGAAGAUUGGAAGUGCAUUAUCCAACGUGUGCGGAAUCACUCAUAGUGGGUGGGGGGGCAUUUCUCUCUUGUGAUAUUCAUGCCUAACUGAUUUGUGAUUAAAGUAAGGGAAUCUAAUUUUUA